UGCGGAUGCGGAUGCAGAUGCAGAUGCAGAUGCUGCCGGGCUGAAGCGCAGGACUUGCUUCCUGGAAUUGUUACCUCUGCAAGGCUCUGUGCCCAUCUUUGUUCCGAUAUGAGCAGAUCAAUCAGAUUUCAGGUUUGCUCGGUCACCUGCAUCAUCCUGCUCAUAUCCUCUAGCUGGCAAUGCCUGGCCUUCCAGAGACUGGAGAAGAGAGACUCAGUGCAGGUAGAGCAAACUGCCCUGGCAGGGAACGAGUUAAAAGAAAGGCUGAACACGCAAAGCUUGGAAAAUAACCUUGGCCUCUCUGAGCAAACCACCAGUGAUCCCAUCUCAGAAGAGCCAUCUGGAGUGUCAGCAAAGCCAUCUGGGACAUCAUUAAACAAAGGCUUCACUGCAAGAGGAGAGACACAGCACACCAGUCUUAGCGGUAAUGUUUUCCCAGACGGUAAGAGCCUGGAUGUUUACACCCCUACGGUAUCAGUGGUUGCUACAGAUAAAAAGGAACUUAGCCCUACUAGUCCAGACAGAGAGCUGAGUGAAAAUGGACCUAUGAAGGCCAUGCUCACAACAGCGGUGACUACCCUAAAUCCCAACAUCAGCAGUGCUGGUAGCAAGACAACAGCAGGGGAGAGCAAUGAAGCAGGACGUGGCUUUUCUGCCUAUCUAAAUAACCCAGUUUUCAUGACGGCUGCUACAGAAGAGAAGAAGGCUGAAGGGAACGCGGAACAGUCAGUGACAGCCCAGCUGAGCAGUGAUGAAAUGCCCACUUUGCUCCCCAGCUCCCGAACCUUAGAUGUGGCGGAUGACUUCCUGGCAAUCCCUGCACCUCUUGUUGAUCAAACUGCUGAAUCUGAGCCUGGCACACUGGUGCCAAAUGUAGCCAGCACCUUGGAGCGGACAGCAGCAGAGGGCCCUGAUUUCACUGCAAAGCCCUCUUCUCUGUUCACAGAUGCCUCCCUGAAUUUGGAAGCAGGACCUGACAAUGGGCAUGGGGGCUUCCAUGCUACAGCUAGCAUGGUCACAGUCCCACCAGCUGUCCCUGCACCGACUGAUGACUGGGAUGAUACAAAAGUAGGGAACAUUAACCAGGAGAGGGGCACAAAACAGGAGGAGAUAAAGUUGGACCACAUGGUAACGGAGCCACCUCAAACAGCAGCAGGAGACCUUGAGGAGAAGGAUAUGAAAGGACUGAUGCCAUUCACAGCUUCUGCAUAUGUGACUACUGUGAACCUAGAUGAAAAUGAUCCUGCUGGGCCAAGUCCGAUAUCUGUGCAGGGGAAAGAGAUUUCAACAGCUUCUGCUGACCAAACAGUGGUUUCUGUCCUCAGCACCCUGACUGCAGAUGAAGCAACUGCCGCAAACACAGUGGAAAAUACAGAACCCAUGGAGGAGAGGGAACGUGUCUCUCUACCAUUGCCAGAGGCCAUCACUGAUAUGCAAUCUGACGUCUUCCAGACUCUAGCAAACACGUUAAAAGGUGUUACUCAGGAAACGACAGUCAGUCAAGAAACCGAUGCUGCUUUGCCUGUCCUGACGCCAGCAGACCUUGCUACGCAUGGGGCCAUGAGUGCGACAGAGGAGGAAAGUAAGCUGGCAACCCAGCUACCGGAUGUCUCUGGUGUCACCCAGCUGUUGAGUGCAGACUAUCCAGCAACUCUCGUCUCCUCCACUGCCUCCCAUUUGUCUCCUGAAAAAACUCCAGAAGUUGAAGAGCUGGUCACCAUCUCCAACGAGAAGGCUGUCCCUGCCCUUGCUGGACCUGAUGCUACCCAUGCCAGAAUGGGAAUGCCGACGGAGACCACCAGUAGGACCACGGUCCUGGCAACUCCAGCUUCAGUGGUGUCGUCUGUAAGGAGGACUGUUGUUCCAUUUGUGAGGAGGAUCAGCACGGCUGUAACCUAUGGACUGGACCAGCUGGAAUCAGAAGAGGGUGAGGAAGAGGAGGAGGAUGAGGAAGAAGAGGAGGAGGAAGAAGAGGAAGAGGAAGACAAAGAUAUAGACUCAAUGGAUGAGAGCAUGGAAGGGGAUACUGAAUUGCCAGGGUUCACACUUCCUGGUGAGCCCUCCCAAGAACCCCUCACUGGGCUGGGCAACCCUGAAGCACAGCUGGCUGGGGUAUCUUACCAAGUUCCAGACACCAUCGAAUGGGAACAGCAAAACCAGGGCCUUGUGAGGAGCUGGAUGGAAAAGCUGAAAGAUAAGGCAGGGUACAUGUCUGGGAUGCUGGUUCCUGUGGGCGUCGGCAUAGCCGGAGCCCUUUUUAUCCUGGGAGCACUCUACAGCAUUAAGAUUAUGAAUCGCCGAAGGAGAAAUGGCUCUAAAAGGCAUAAAAGAAAGCAGAGGGAAUUUAACAGCAUGCAAGACCGCGUAAUGCUCUUAGCUGACAGCUCCGAAGAUGAAUUUUGAAUCAAACUGCAGUGCCGUCAUGAUAUCCAAUGACUUUUUCUUUUGGUGGGGGAGGGCAGGGAAGGGAGCAAAAGGAAUGAAUAUCUGCUGCAUCACUGCUAUCAGCCACUCUGAGCCACUGGUAGUGGUUUCUGCACCCUGGCAAAAACAGCAUGCUGUAUCUAAAUGUAAUGUGCAAUGAUGUUUGUUUUUCUACAGUAGUGAGAGUUCAUAUUCACCCACAGCACGUCAUUAUAAUGCAGAGUCCGUACUGUUACAGCCGGAGCCGGUACAUAUGGACGAUUAUUUUGUUAUUACCACAGUGUAAUAUUUUUGUUCCAGCUGACAGUAGUCAGAUCAUAAUUGCUGCUCUCACCUAAAUUGGGGAUGGAAAUCUUAACCGCAAAUGACCUCUGUCCAGUUAGCUAACUUUAAAUGUUAUAUAACCUGAGCUCGAGUUCAUUGGUGCUAAAAUUAGCUGCUCUGCUUAACUAACGAACAACGCACUUGAACCAUAUCCCUCAUCAACAAAGAGGCAUCCAGGUAGAGUACAAUUAUUGACACAAUUAUGGACUCAUUUGUACAUUCUCUGCCUAAUUUCCCGUUUUUUUUUUUUUAAAUCUUGUGGUAGCUAUGGUUCACGGUUAGGGAAAACACAUGGGAAUACCAUCAAAAUUUGAUUCACAGCCUAAAGGCUGAGUGCAUUCUUGACCAGCAUGGCACCAGCACAAUAAAUAGAAACACACAAAUGCUCAGAUACUCAUAGAGUGAAUUUCUUAGUUUUUUUUUCCUCCCCCAGUGUGCAGCACGAAUAAGAAAUAGGCAGAAGAAAAAGGCUUUGUAUUUUUAGAGGGUGUGUUUGAAGACGCUGGUUAUCUGUCAUCACUCUUAUACAGGGGUGUAUUCACUAAGUGGCAUGAGUAUUAAUCUAGCAUUUGUCCCUUUUUACAACUGGUAACUGGAUCGUAACUGCUAUCACAGAAUUAACCAGUGGGUAGUAAGCUUUUGGACCAAAUUCAGAUUGUCAUAUGAGGCUGCAAUACAUUUGGCUGCAGGAAGGAGGGCAGUGACAGCUGGGGUACCAAAGGCACAUAGGUAUGAAUGGAGGUCAAGACUGGCAGGCAGAGUAGGCAGAAUAGGUGGUGAUAGCUAGGCAUGGUGGGCUUUGCUGGCAUGUUUGUGCUUACAUGGCCACAUGGGGUAAAGAUUAGAAAAGAUGCAGGACACGGAAACAGGAAGGCGUCAAGGCUGCAGCACAAGUGACUCCAGAUGGGAGUGUGGCUGAGCUAGGAGGAGGAAGCCAUUGAAAUGGCUGCUGGGGCCUGUUUCAUUAACCAGAACAAGCAGUACUGACGUGGAUAGGAGAUUUCAAAAGGGCCCAGUGAGUGAGGAGAGCAUGUUUCUGGACCGGAACAGAAGAGAGAUGUUGCCAUUCAACCAAGAAUGUUAAGGGGAAAAAAAAACCAAAUCAGAAAUGCCCCGAAGGCCCUUAUUUUCUUGGUUGAAUGAGUAGGGAGAGGACAGCUUAAUCUUACAUUUAUGCAAAAUCCAUUUUUCCAAGACGGGGAAUCUUGACCACUAUGAGUAGAAGAGGCAAGAUUAGUCCGAUAUGGUCAAGCUGCUCAUUUAUCUAGCUAAAUAUCUCAAUGUCAUUGAAAAAAGUACAAGAGAUAAGUGCUUGAGGAACAGCUGGGGUCUGAUAUAAUUCUUUGUAAAGGUGAAAAGGACUGGCUGAUUGCCGAGAUCAGACACAGCAGUCAUUGCAGCUAUGUACCCCAGGAGCACACAGGAAAAUUAGGAAGUGGGGAGAAGGGAGAUUUUAAUCCAUCUUUCCCUUGACUUGCUGAGGGCACUCCGUAGUCUAAGUUACACCUGUGAAGGGCCCUAAAGGAUGGUAUUGUCCUGGGUACCACCCAGGUGUGGAUGCUCAGGGUUCAGUAUCCAAGGGUCAACAAUAUCAGAAGCCAAGGGCCAACUGUCACAAUAUCAGGUAUCAGUCCAAGUACAAGGGAUCACGCUGGGCGUCAGGAUGGGUCUGUAGUCAAGCCUGGGCUGGAAGUCAGGAGCCAGAGUGUUCAAAACACAAAAUAGGGCAAGCAAAAAUGAGGUACUAGGGUCCAAGCCAGAGGUCGAGGCUGGAGCAAAGCAGGAGGGUCCCAUAUAGCAGGUCUGUAAACACUGUUGCCAGGACAAGGGCCCCAUGAGAAGUCAGAGGGUUUUCACAGCCCUCCCAUCAAAGAAGGCAUGUGGUUUCAUUGGUGCCCCUGCGUCACAUGUUCCCACAUCGGGAGCCUCACGAGAGCACCCAAGCUGGGCUGGGUCCAGCACCCAGCUGGAUGCUUGGUGGCACUGCAGCCCAGGCCUUCACCCCACAAGCCUGGAAGACCUGAGUUUGAGCCUCAGGGCUCCUGACAGGUACAGCAGCUAGGGAGACAAGGAUGCCUUGCCCUACUUCUAUGGCCAUGCUCCCACUCAGUGCAAACCACUAUCUUUUGGGUGAAUGCAUUCUAUCAUCUGCAGGCACAGCUGAGAGCACGAGGACCCUGCACAUGCAGGCAAGAUAAAGGCUAUGCUUUGAAGAUCUGACUUGACAAAGAAUAAAUAGCUCAUGCGUGAACCAGUGGGUAGAUAGAACAUGGAGAUAAAAAUGGGCCUUUUCUCUGAGAGGGCAUCAACUCUUAGUGUGGAUGAGGAGGGUCAGUGGUCUGCAGUAUGCUGUACCUGGAUGUGGCGAUGAAUAACAACAAGCAGUAGAGUUUAUCCCUCAAAGCCACCAUACCUUCCCCAGACUAUAGUGACUUCCCUUGAGAACAGAUAAGGGCAACUAGAAAUGCUUCUGCUGAUGCAAGUCUUCCAGUCUGACAACUGCGCAUGGGUCCACCAAGUACUUCUCACAACAGACGCUUGGGAAACAGUGGGGAAUCAAAGCCAAGCAGCGUCCAGCGCCUCCAGCAUGUCAGUGUCUUCCUGAAGAGCCUCUUCAUCCCAGAACCUCUCCCAAGAGGGGCUCACAUCUUCCUUUCCCACUGGAAGAUUUUGAUCUGCCUCCCUUGCUAGGCAGCUCCAGAUGCCUUCCCAGCAGGCAGGAGCCUGGCAGCAAUCACUUGAUGGUUCUUUCACUUGUCGCUCUGCCCCUCACAGCUAGCUGCAUGUUGUCCGUAGAGUCUGGAUGCCAAGGAUCCUGCCCAGCCCUAACAUAUCACUGCUAUUUAAAUGCACUUCCUCAAAUACAAGGUGCUUCUUCUUUUAGCAGACACUUAGAAGUUUCUUCCUCUCCUCAAAACCAGGCUUAGCCCACGCCAGGAGAAUCAAUCCUCCCCCAUUUGCUUCUCUCUCUGAAAUGUCUUGGGGAGUGUAAGAUGGUUUAGAGGUGUCGCUGCCUUAACAAACUGGGAAACUUUACUGGCCAACACCCCACCACAGUUAAGCUGUGAGCAGUGGUGAGAUCAUUGUCUUUGGGCUCUUUGCAGAAGUGAUGGUUCUUAUGGUAGGGUCUUCUGAUAGGAAACAAAACCAAGUGACUUUCACCCAGCUCGAUCAAUAUCUUCACAGCAGAAAACUGCAGGGAACCAUUCUUCCAGCUCAAAGGAGAAAGUCUUGGUAAAGAGCACUGAGCCCUCCAAGGCAGUGGGCACGUCUUACAAGUAGCAAGUUAGUCACUGGGCCAAAGAAGACCAAUCUGAGCUGAUCUCAGAAAUGGGAGAGGAGAGGAAGAGAAAUUUGUUUCGAUCAGGGAGGCCCAAACAGAUAAGGAAGAGCAGGGCUUUCUGCAAUAACAGCCGCAGGAAGGACAGCCACGAUGGGCUGCUCUGGUUAGUCCUGGUUCACUUACACAAGGUGUAGUGGCCGUGUGGGUUCCAGUCAAUAUCUGAAUGAAUGAAGAUGCAAGAUUUCCACUAAAUUGUAGCCUCUCUUGACAAAGCAGGAGAGGAGGCCACACUGGAGAGCCCAGGGGCAUGAAUAACACUGCUUUGGCAGCACCGAAACCAGGUAAAUGCUUUUCAGCUGGAGCUGUCAGCUUGAUGGAAUGAAAAAACCAGGAGGGUGAUGCCGUGGCCUUUCAUUGUGCUCAAAAGCUGGAGGUAGAAAGACAAGCUUUUUACGGUGGCAGUAAUUCCUCCUUUGUUCUAAUGUAGUUAACCACAUGAGGCAUUAAAGGGAACGUUGCCCAGGGAAACAGUGGUGUUGCAUGUAAAUGAAGCAGCUCUUGUUAUCUCCUCCGGGCAGUGAGAGUAGGUUGGAAAGCCCAGCCCAGCCCAGUAAGAGCGCUGACGUUAUUUGCUCUGCCCCUGCAGACCCGCUGAGUUAAACAUGGUGCUGUAGAAAAUGACUGAGUUUGAGGCAGGUCUGAUAAUCAAGUACUGCUAUCCCGGGGGUUAAGUAACAGGAAGGGUGUGGCAUAAAUGGCCAAGGCAGGAUUUCAGUUAAAGGAGAUGCUCCACCCCUGGUGCUCAUGGGUAAAGGCUGGUCUACUAUGCAUGGUCUAUUAUGGAGACAUAUUGUACCCUCUGUGCAGAUGGCUAUAGGAAGUAACCAGGGGGUUGGGAAAUGGAGAUCUAGCUCAGAAAUGCCUGAUUCUACAAGCACGGAGUAUAAGUUCAUGUGUAUUUUAGUGGCACCAGUUUAGGUAGGUGUUUGGAGCAUAGUGCUUGGACAGUGACUAUCUCUUUUGAGGAGCCAGCUGCAGGGCUCACCCGCCCCUCUGAACUUUUGAUCCAGCUCCCCUCCAAACUGGAGCGAAGGGGACAAUCCGGUCCAUGUUGGGGUCUCCAGUCAUGGAACCCCUUUAAAAGCAGGCAAAGUGCAAUCCAGUGCUGCAUGAAGUUAAUGGAAGUUGGAACAGAUCCCAGAGGCACACCAACCAUUAAACUCCUGGUCUAUGUAUAUGUAGGGCCUGGUUUAAAACCAGUAGCCAUUGGAGCAGCCACUUAAAGGUAGCCUGAUAGGACCAACUGACUAUCAUUGAAUCAUAGAGUUGGAAGGGACCUCCAGGGUCAUCUAGUUCAACCCCAGAAGGAGGUCAGUUAACCUAUAAAAGGGACCCCAUCCCUCCCCUCCACCCCCCAAGUUUCCAAGAUCAAUGCUUUAGCUUCUGUGCUGUGAAGUCACAAGGAUCAAAUGAUAAUUGUACGCAUCCUUGGAAAUCAGUGCUCAUUGGCAUGUAUUAGCUCUAGAAUUGUGAGUGCUUGUGUAACUCUAGAAUUACCCUAGUUAUUCCAGUCCAAAGUUACUUUCCAAGCAGCAACACCGGUUUUGCUAGAAGCUGGAUUAAUUCAAUCAAAACAAGUUAAGGGGAGGCUAUGCUGGGGGCAUGUCUCGAAAGACCUGAAACUUCCAGUUGUUCAAAGAUUCAAUUUUGUUGGUACGCAACAAAACUGGCACGCUCAUCAAACAAGCAGACCAUUUUUUUAAUGCAUAUAUUUUAACACUAAACAAGAACCGAACUUGCUCUGCGCCUGCAAACACAACAUUUGAAUGUUGCACAGGUGAGCUAGAAGCCCUGAACAUUUGGGGCAUCUCAUGACAGUGCAACCUCAACCCUCACGCUACAAAGGCACAGCUACAAUGACUACUUUGCUGCAGCAAUAACAGUCUCUCAACUCAGCACAGGACAAGUAGCUGGCUUCUGUUAUCCAGCAGAUGCCCCAUUUCAAAUUUCAUGGUAUCACAUGCCAGAAUGUAGUGUAGGCAUCGCCAAAUAGUGUCAACAUUCAGAGCUUCAUUUCAAGCGAGAGGGCCAAGCCUGCUUGAUGUGUGAUUCCUGUAAUGACAAAAUGUACCUUCGCUGUACAGCUGCUGAUUUUCAAAUGUCAAUAAUGCCCGAUGGUCACCUCCAGUGAGGUUUUCUUGGACUGCACUGCUUCCAUAGAGUGCUAACAGCAGUCCCUCGUGCUUUAUCGUGGUUUUAUAUCCUGAACAAGAACAACUACUCAUACUGUAACUAUGGAAUGUAGCACUUUGUUAAUUUAAACAAUUGGAAAAUAAAAGCUGUCCAUCAUAUCUAACUUUA